AUGGAAAGUCUGAAUGCAAAAAAUACCAUAGUAAAAAUAGAGCAGGAGGGGGGUGCCGCACCAGCCCUGGCGCCCACCACUCCCCUGGUGCUAAGGGCUCCCCUCACGUCACGGUCCCUCGCGCAAAGGACUCCCUCGUCGAGAGCUUCCCCCUGCGUCCAUGUCGAUGCGCGCCUUAAUAAUCCCCCAAUGGUCUUAGGAACAGAUGAGGAUAAUAUGGGGGAUGGUUGCUCUCAGAAACUGGCUUCUGCCAAGUUCCUUCGACUUUUGCUCCUAAUACUGAUUCCGUGCAUCUGUGCCCUUAUCCUUUUGUUGGUGAUCCUCCUUACCUUUGUAGGGGUGUUAGAAAAAACAUGCUUUUAUUCAAAUGGAAGUGAGGGCCUCACAGUUAACGGUGGCAUUGAAACAUCUGAUGUUCUUUUGCCAAACAUGGUUGAAAACAGUUCCAAGACUGAUCCCACAGUGGAUCUCAGCACACAGCCCUCUUCCUGGACCACCACACCUUUAUCCCACAUUGACCAAAUGAACAAGAACUCAAAUGUAUUUAGAGAGACUUUCCAGGAAAAAUCAUUUGCUCUCACAACUCAAGCCACAGUGCUCAAUCCUCACCCUACAUAUGAUGCUGCUUUGGCAGAGGGCUCUGAAGACCGCACCCAGCUCUUUGCCACUGCAGAGGAGGCAACUUUAUGGUCUACAGAUGCAUCCUUUGAAAACACAGAGAGGAUGACCACUCUGCCAGUAUUCAGUCCUACCCGUCCAUCUGUGUUACAAAAAAUGGAUCAGAAAAAAAGUGCCUGCAUAAAUAUCACCAACAGCCAGUGCCAAAUGCUGCCAUAUAACACCACUAUAACUUCAGUUCUUUCCAUUGUCAAAAGUAUUGAAAUGGAAAAGUUCCUGAAGUUCUUCAGUUAUCUCAAUCGUCUCAGCUGCUAUCAACACAUCAUGCUGUUUGGCUGUAGUCUUGCUCUUCCUGAAUGCAUCAGUGACGGUGAUGACAGUUUGCUAAACCCGAGAAUUUUUUUCCAUGAAUAUCCUGAAGAAUAGAAUGGCACCCUAAUAUGUUAUAACCUGCUUCCUUGCCUGCCACUGGCACCAGAUAAAUUACGUCAAGGCCUCUUACCCUGCAGGACAUUUUGUGAGGCAGCAAAAGAAGGCUGUGAACCAGUCCUGGGUAUGGUAAAUGCUUCUUGGCCAGAAUUCCUGAAGUGUUCUCAAUUCCAAAACAAAACUGAAAAUGACACCAGUACAAGGGUAUGCUUCUCACCACACCAAGAAGAAGGAAAGCAGUCACUGUGCAGAGGAGAGGAGAGUUUCUUGUGUGCCAGUGGGAUCUGCAUCCCAGGGAAACUGCAGUGUAAUGGCUACAAUGACUGUGAUGAUUGGAGUGAUGAGGUCCAUUGCAACUGCAGUGAUGAUGUUUUUCGUUGCAACACAGGAAAAUGUUUAAAUUAUACCUUUGUUUGUGAUGGAUAUGAUGACUGUGGAGACCUUAGCGAUGAACAAAACUGUGACUGUAAUCCAGUGACACAUCAUCAGUGUGGAGAUGGGAGAUGUAUAACAGGCGAUUGGGUAUGUGAUGGUGACCAUGACUGUAUAGACAAAUCAGAUGAAAUCAACUGCUCAUGUCAUAGUCAGGGCCUGGUGGAGUGUAGAAAUGGGCAGUGCAUUCCUAGUGCAUUCCAGUGUGAUGGAGAUAAUGACUGUAAAGAUGGAAGUGAUGAAGAAAACUGCAGUGAAAGUCAAAUCCUCUGUCAGGAGGGAGACCAGAGAUGUACUUCAUGUCCUGAUCCCUGUGGAACUUCUCUCUGUGAGAUGAGAAACAGCCAGACAAACUGCAGUCAGUGUGAACCAAUUACUCUGGAACUCUGCAUGAACUUGCCUUACAACUAUACUUAUUACCCAAACUACCUGGGCCACAGGACGCAGAAGGAAGCCUCUAUCAGCUGGGAGUCUUCCCUUUUCCCAGCCUUGGUUCAGACCAACUGCUACAAGUACCUUAUGUUUUUUGCCUGUACAAUCCUAGUACCAAAAUGUGACCCCCAUACAAAUCAGCGGAUCCCACCUUGCAGGACAUUGUGUGUACAGUCUAAGGAACGCUGUGAGUCUGUGCUUGGGAUUGUAGGUCUGCAGUGGCCAGAAGAUACUGACUGCUCUCAGUUUCCAGAUGAGAACUCAGACAACCAAACUUGUCUGACACCAGAUAAAGAUGUAGAAGAAUGCUCACCCAGUCACUUCAAAUGCCGUUCUGGGAGGUGUGUCCUGGCAUCCAGAAGAUGUGAUGGUCAAGCUGACUGUGAAGAUGAUAGUGAUGAGGACAGCUGUGGCUGUAGAGAAAGGGGUCUUUGGGAGUGUCCUUUGAAGAAGCUGUGCAUCAAACACACUAUGAUUUGUGAUGGUUUCCCAGACUGCCCUGACAUGAUGGAUGAAAAGAAUUGCUCAUUUUGUGAAGAGAGUGAACUUGAAUGUGCCAACCACGAAUGUGUGCCACGUGAGCUCUGGUGCGAUGGGCGAGCAGACUGCAGUGACAGCUCAGAUGAAUGGGACUGUGUUACCCUGUCUAAAAACAUGAAUUCCUUGAUGUUCCUGACCAUUCACAGGUCAGCUGCUGAUAACCAUGUUUGUGCUGAUGAGUGGCAAGAAAAUUUAAGCCAACUGGCCUGCAAUCAGAUGGGUUUAGGAGGACCAUCCAAAACAGAAAUUGUAAUGGAGGAUGAGGAAAUGCAGCAUCAAAAAUGGCUGAAUCUGCACUCAGACUGGAAGAAUAAAAAUGCAUCCGCUUUACAUGCUCUUCUAGUGAGUGGACAGAUGUGUCGAAGCAGAAGCAAAGUGGCUCUCUUCUGCACUAAAGAAGACUGUGGCCGUCGCCCAGCUGCUCGCAUGAACAAGAGGAUCCUUGGUGGCAGGACCAGUCGCCCAGGCCGAUGGCCGUGGCAGUGCUCCCUGCAGAGUGAGCCAAGCGGACACAUAUGCGGCUGUGUUUUGAUUGCGAAGAGAUGGGUCUUGACGGUAGCACACUGCUUUGAAGGGAGAGAAAAUGCAGCUGUUUGGAAAGUUGUCUGUGGGAUUAGCAAUCUUGAUCACCCAUCAGGCUUCAUGCAGACCCGACUAGUGAAGACCAUUAUCCUCCAUCCACGCUACAACAGAGCAGUGGUAGACUACGACAUCAGCAUUGUGGAACUAGAUGAUGCUAUCAAUGAGACAAGCUAUGUAAGGCCUGUCUGCUUGCCCAGUAAGGACCAGUUGGUUCGGCCAGAUACCUACUGCUACAUCACAGGCUGGGGACACAUGGGCAACAAAAUGCCUUUCAAGCUUCAAGAAGGAGAGGUUCGCAUCAUUUCCUUAGAACAAUGCCAGUCGUACUUUGACAUGAAAACCAUCACCAGCAGGAUGCUGUGCGCUGGCUACGAGUCUGGCACUGUGGACUCUUGCAUGGGUGACAGCGGAGGACCGCUUGUGUGUGAGCAACCUGCAGGGCGCUGGACUUUGUUUGGUUUAACAUCUUGGGGCUCUGUCUGCUUUUCCAAGGUUUUGGGACCUGGAGUUUACAGUAAUGUGUCACAUUUUAUUGAGUGGAUUGAAAGACAAAUAUACAUCCACACCUUUCUGCUAAACUAA